AUGGGUAACUCUUUUUCGAAAUCGACAGAUGAGGCUACUUCUAAUGUCAAGUUGGUGGUCACAAAAAAGAGGUACUUCGUUUAUGCAGGGAAGAAUGGGGGGUGCAAGGAGGAACCGAAAGGAGCUGCAGAGAUUCAUGCGCAAAAUGGGGAGGAUACAAGGAGCUUGAAGGUUGCUCCUACAGAUGGAGAGAAAAUUGGUUCCAUGCAUGGCAAUAGCUCGGGUUCAUCCUCGAAAGAUCCAAGCAGCAGUGUUACUGGAAGUGCUGUUGAAAGCAACUGCUCUGAAACUAAUUUUAGUGAAAGUAGCAGGAGUUGUAGCAACGGCACGUCUAAUUCAAAAAACAUCAGUGAAGUUCAGGAGGAUGGUGGUUGUGUGGAUGACUGGGAAGUUUUGGCUGAUGAAUUGGCAGCUACAGAUGACAAGGUGGAGCGGUGUGACCCAAAAUCUGAAUCAUUGCUUGAGAAGAGAAGGGUUGUCAAAUUGGAUCAUUUGCCUGAGGUGGUGAAGCUACCAAUUUCAAUUUCCCCCAUGGACGUUUUGAAGCCAAAGAUAGAGAACCGUGAUGAAAGUUCUCAAUCAUUGGUGGAAAAUAACAAUGUUUCCCCACUAAACCAUCAGGCUGAAGUGGUGAAACAAUCAACUGCCAUCGUAGAUGGUUUCAAGCCAAAGCCAAAAUUUGGCGAGGAAUGGAGGGGAUGUAAUGCUUUUCAAUCAAAGCCGAAGCCAGGAUUCGGCCAGGCAUGGAAGCAAAGGCCAGAAAAGCCUGACCCAAAAUGUAAGUCAUCGGUGGAAGAUAUAUCUGUUGCCCAAUCGGAUCAUCUGCCUAAAGUGGUAAAAGAAGCAUCUGCUGCCAUGGACUGCAGGAAGGCAAAGCCAGGAAAGGGCUUGGCAUGGAGGAACAAUGAUACUUUUCGCCCUAAAAGCCUGCCUAAUCCACGAAAGAAGCAUACUUUCCCUGUUAAAGAGGAUAGGCAUCAUGGUCGUGGUGGCACAAAAUCAGGCAAUAAGAAUAUUGCAUCGGAUCCAACACCAUGUCCCAUAUGCUCUGAGGAUAUGGAUAGCACUGAUUUAAGCUUCCUUCCUUGUUCAUGCGGGUUUCAGCUUUGCCUCUUCUGCCACAAAAGGAUUCUUGAGCAGCACUGUGGUCGCUGUCCAGGGUGCAGGGAGCCUUAUGAUAACAAUGCUGUCAAGUGGGAAGAAAGUUCAGAUAAGCUUGGAGAUUGCUCAACUCUCCGCCUGGCUCGUUCUUGUUAACAAGGUUUUAGUAAAGUUUAUUGCAUCUUUUCUUAUGGAUAUUGGGGACUCUUUCUGUACACCGUUUAAUGUUUACUUGUGUUUUAGCCAUAUAUCUGUUUACUAAGUUGAAUAUUGUAGCAUGAGAUGGUUAGGCUUC